UUCAAAAGAUAUCUACUUGAACCUAAUGACACUGGACUGGCCAGACAUCAAGUGCAUCCGAGCAAAACCCGUGUUGAAGAACAAGACUGCUCAAACUUUGUCACAGACUAUCCUUAUCAAGAUGGCGAUCGGGGAGGUCAUCAUUUGGCAUAGUAUGAAUGCGUCGUACACACCACUCUUUGAUGAAAUUUCGAAUAGUACGAGGCGUGCAAGGAAGUUCACAUCUGUCGACGAAGAUGCCCAGGCUGUUACUAACUACACGUUUCGUCGUGUGAUUAGGGACUGCGCUAUUGUUUUCAAGGAAAAAGAAAAGAACAAAACAGGUGUAGUUUCAAGCUGGGAGCUAUGGGUAAACAAUCUGUUCAACACCAGCUCUGAGUUCUGCAAGAAACAAUACCUAAAGGUGUGCAAAUGCGACCAACCCAUGCAAUUCAACAUGAGUGACUGUGAAAGACAACAGCACAACCAGGAAUCUUUUUGAUAAAAAUAAAUGUCUAAAAAAGUUGUUGAACAUAAGAAAAUGAUGAUUCACUGGCACUAAAUAAAGUUUUGAAGUUUUU